GCUGCUAAUCAGCUCAGUCUGCCGUCGCCGUCUGCGGAUUGAUAUGCACCACGUGGCCCUGAGGUCAUUCAAGUGGCUCCGUGCCCAGCGGGGCGGCGCAGCGCGCUGAUGUAACCGGACAGCAGUCACCACCGUCACCGUCACACCGGGGAGACCAGGAAGUUUCACCGGGGAGUGCUGUCGGUCGGAGAGAGCGAGUCGCACGCGCCCUCUUCCUUGUUUGUCAGUAUGGCAGACAUCGACGAUUGCCACGAGCAGCUCCGGAGAGACGCCCACUUCCUGUGCUCGGAUAAGAGGAUGGACACUGAGCUGGUGGACUGCCUGGUGCUGCAGCUGAACAGGAUCCACCCCCAGAUACUCAGCGACAAGGAAGCCCACAAGUUCAGGGACCUGAGCGUGCCCACCAAGGUGAGGCUGGCUGAGCUGCUGGAGCACCUGCGUGGGAAGGGCGAGGAGGCGUGUCACGAGUUCUACCGAGGACUUCACAUCCUCGCCGAGAACGUCUACGCCCGCCUCCCAUCCAGAGUCACGCGAAGAGAAGGGGCCGAUCCGAAGGGGCCGAACACCGCGACGAUCCACCUGCAGCGAUAUGUGCUCAACGACAAAGGAUCGAUGUUCUUCAUGAGCUGUUUCGGGUUCGCGGUCGGCGUUGCGAUGCUCUACUAUUACGGAGAGGGCGAGACGUUGAGGAGAACCGGCCCGUUCCUCCACGGCUCGGCAGCGGGACUUCGCAAAGGCGCCGAAGACGUUUUCAUUUCCUACAUCGAGGUCGGGAAGCGGAAAACAUGAGGCCGUCGAGUCGAGAGCGAGCCCGUGACGUGUGCCAAACCCCGUGUGCAUACGCAGGGCAACAAAAACCAAAAACAAACGCAUGCACGCGUGAGCGAUAACCGAUUUGCUUGAUUUUAUCGUCGCUACGGAAACGACAAACAAUUUCCCGAUCGUAUUUUCAGUUCAAAUGAAGCGUGUAACCGCACACCCACACAGCUGUUCUCAAAUCACUCUGGCUGAUUUAGACCUUCGCUCGGUCUGAAGCUCGUUGGAGCCACGUCUGGAGUUACGUCGUGCCAACAAACUCCCGUGUGCUCACAGAGAGGCGAAGUCCGGCCCUGUACGGCGUCAAUAGUCGUGAAAAUACGCCAUUAGGAAGGCUACAGUCAUUAGGAAGUCGCCGUGGUGCCAGCUGAUAAAGAGUCUCUGUAUAAAAUGCAUAUCGGGGUAAGAAAAUGUUACAUUUGUGCAUAUAAGUUAGUUAGCUAGCACACCAAGGUAACGGCCGUGUUGGCGUACAUUGUGCGAAAGAUGGCGUCCGCUGAACGGUUUCACACAAAUCUAACAAAAUGCGACUUUCUGGACUUGCAAAAUUACCUUUUUUUUAUAUUGACAAACCACCUUAAUGUGUAAUUCAUGGCACAAUUCAAACGUUAGCAAAAAAACAUUUGUCCCUCGCCAUUGAAUAUCUUUUUUUUCUUUAUUUGGGUCCAAUGGGGGGGUCCAACCGGGAAAAGGGAGGGACUUCGCCUCUCGAUAAUAAUGAUAAGGGGUCUAACACACUGGAGGUCUAAUUAGGCAACAUAAGUGAUAACACCGCUCGCCCACUUUCAGUGCCUUCUAAUACUGUGUUAGAGAAAAUAUACAGAUUGCACUAUUAUAUACUUUUUGCUCAAUUAAAGCACAUUUUGACAC